GAUUCCUUCCUCCUCGGCCUUCCGCACGUCUUUGCCACUCAGUAGUUGCUGAUGACUCUGGAAUUAGGGUGCAGACACCUGCUAUCACUAGCAUCCCUGGAUUUCCAGAGAAGGGAAUUACUGAAGGCAUGGAAAAACUAAAGCGGGAAAACAGAACUGAACUGCAGCAUAUCGGUGCGUACGACAUGGGGGGAGCGCGUCUCGCCCUGACGCUGUGUGUCACCGAGAAUCGGGAAGGAGCUGAGAGUGACAUCAAUGCCCUGGAAAUAAUGUUUAACACUUUGGGCUUUAAGAACCAGGUGAUCAGGAAUCCCAAGGCAUCGGACUUCAAGAAGCAGCUGCAGAAAUUUAGAAAGGAAAUAGAUGAAAGGAAUGAUCUGGUCAGCUGCAGUGUUGUGGUCAUCAUGGCGCAUGGAGACAGUGGACAUGUCAUGGCAGCUGAUGGACGGCAUGUGAACCUGGACGAGCUGUUUGCAGAGAUGACCAACGAGACCUGCCAAGCGCUGCGGGGUAAACCCAAGGUCUUCAUCAUCCAGGCCUGCCGGGGGGGUGAGUCUUAG